AUGAGUUUUGUCAGUGUCAUUGGAGACUGGACAGAGGCAAUAUGGAACAAAGCGUUGGGUUUGUAUGAUAGACAGCCGGAACAACUGCUCCUGCAAAUAGUCAGUGACAUUGAGCUUGAGGUGCGGCUGAAUAAACACAACGUACUUACUCCAAACAGUCCUGGGGCCAAAUACAACCUGUCGGUUACUGGAAGGCAGGGUGUUGCGGAUGUAACACUCCUAGUAAUAUACAUAAUGGAAAGUUCGUUCAAUCUCCCAAGUAGACAUCCAGUUCCGCUGGGUUCUUCCAGCAAACAUGUAUGUAUCGGGACUUCACAACACUUGACAGCCAAGAAUGCACGAGUAACCGUGUGA